GCCCCCUCCCCUCCCCCCACCGCCGGGUCCGCGGGCCCGGAAGCCGGGUGGGCGGCGCGGGAGCGGGGGCCCCCACCUCCCCUCCUCCGCACCCCGUGCCCCGCGGGGGGCCAUGGCCGCGGGUCUCGGCCGCAGCGAGCCGCCGCGCGGAUGCCGGGGCGCCCCUCCCUAGCGGGGCGCUGCCUCCGGGGCUCCCGGCGGACCGGCGGCAUGGGGGGCGGGGGGUCGGCCCUGAGGGUCUGCGCCGACCACCGCGGGGGCAUCAACUGGCUCAGCCUGAGCCCGGACGGGCGGCGCCUGCUGACGGGCAGCGAGGACGGCACGGCCCGGCUCUGGAGCACCGCGGACGGCCAGUGCUGCGCCCUCCUGCAAGGCCACGAGAGCUACGUGACCUUCUGCCACCUGGAGGACGAGGCUGCCUUCACGUGCAGCGCUGACUGUACCAUCCGGAAGUGGGACGUGCGGACCGGGCAGUGCCUGCAGGUGUUCCGGGGACACACGUCCAUCGUGAACAGGAUCCUGGUGGCCGACAACCAGCUGUUCAGCGGCUCCUACGACCGGACAGCUCGAGCCUGGAGUGUGGACAAGGGGCAGGUGUCCCAGGAGUUCCGGGGCCACCGCAACUGCGUGCUGACCCUCGCCUACUCCGCCCCCUGGGACCUGCCCGGGGCCCCCUGCGCCGAAGAGGCCGGGGGGCUGCUGGUGACGGGCAGCACGGACGGCACGGCCAGGGUGUGGCAGGUGGCCGGCGGCGGCUGCUGGCAGACGCUGCGGGGCCACACGGGCGCCGUGCUCUGCCUUGUGCUGGACACGCCCAGUCACACGGCCUUCACCGGCAGCACCGACGCCACCAUCCGCGCCUGGGACAUCCUGAGCGGGGAACAGCUGCGGGUGUUCAGGGAGCACCAGGGCCCCGUCAUCUGUCUGGAGCUCGUGAACCGGCACGUGUACUCGGGGAGCGCGGACAGGACGGUCAAGUGCUGGCUGGCAGACACGGGGGAGCGCGUGCGCACGUUUGCAGCCCACGGACACAGCGUGAGCGCCCUCAAAUACCACGCGGGCACCUUGUUCACGGGCAGCGGGGACGCCCGCGCGCGCGCCUUCGACGCCGAGUCUGGAGCGCUGCAGAGGGUGUUCCGCGGUCACGCCUUCGUCAUCAACUGCAUCCAGGUAAACAUUUACUUGUGGAAACCUCUGGGGAACGGACAGGAGGUCUUGAGAAUGAAAGGCAAGGGCAGGGCAGGCUCCAGCAGGAACCCCUCGGCAGGGCGACAAGGUGACGCCCGCCCUCCCGGCCCCAGCCUCCGGCAAGCACAACCCCGGCAGCUCCCCGGGGCUCCCGCUCCCCUCAGGGUGCCCCACAUCUGCCGGAGAGGCGCCCCCGGGGGCGUGACCCCCCACAACGCAGCUGCAGCCUCGCCCCCGACGUGCUGUGCUCGCACAGGGCGGCCGCGCUCCGCUGUGUUCUGUCUCCCCAACACUCUGCGCUCCCUGAGGUCAGCGUGUACUGACUGCAUCAAGAAACAACACGAUAUUCAAAUAAAACGUUUUAAUGAAAAGAAAACUAUACUGCAACUUUCAUCACCGUCCCCUUCCUGCGUCCCUGCCAACCCCUGGUGCUGCAAACAAAAACCUCACGCAGAGUUCUGCCCCACGGACGCUGCCCAACAGUGGGCGGGCACCGAGGUGGGGUCUGUCCUUCUGGCCCCGUCACUGGGUCCGAGAAUGAGAACGGACCCUGAGAUCCAUACCAGGACUGGGGACAAAGGCCCUGGGAGGGGGGCUCCAUGUGCCGCGGGGGGACACCGGAGAGGAGGUCAGGGGAAGAAGGGGCCCCACGGCCACACCAGGGGCGCUCAGGGCAGGCCGAGAGGCCCCGGGGGACGCGCUACCUUCAGGGCUUCGUCCAGGUUCCCGCUGGCCUGAUGCAGGGCCUGCUUGGCCGCGUGAGUAGAGUAGCCCAUUCCUUUCAAAGAGUUUAUGUUCUCCAGCCGGCGUCUUUUCUUCUCUUUUUCCUCUUUCCUUAUUUGGGCCAAUUCCUUUAGGAAAACAGCAAAGUCACCGAGUUGGGGACUGGGAUUCCGUAGGGAGACCUCUCGGUAUGCUCUGCAGGAUUCUUGGGGUCGACGGGCCAAGCGAGUGACAAAAGGGGAGUGAACCGCUCCGCACGUCUCACCCAAGCAAGAGCAUGAGAGCUGCGAGGGCAGGGGGCACGCGCUGCCCCUGGGGCAGGGCCCGUGGGGGUAGAGACCUCCCUCCGGGCCUGGAAGACAGUGCCUCUUAGUCACCGCCAUCCCGACCAGAACAGGCCACUCGGAACCAGGGAACUCAUCGCCACCAGGCCGGAGAAGCGGAUGGACCCUCUCUGGGGGGCUGGGGGGCGGUGGUACUUCCUGGCCCCUCAUUUAUCCCCGGGGAUCUUGUUAAAAUGGUGGACUCUGAAUGGGGGUUGGGGGCAGUGUCCCAGGUGACCGCAGAGCUGCAGACCCGACCCACCCCACUCCAGGCAGCAGGGACUCAGAUGCCUCCUAGGGCCUAUUAGCCUAUUUAAAACCUCCAGAAUGGUCAAUGUUAGGUGACAAAGGUCAUCUAGUCCCACAGUUCUUGACCCCGGGUCUCGUAAGUGCCUGCUGUUGCCCCGAGAGUCUGAGAAGGGCUGUGGAGAGUUCUAGCCUCUUCUCUCCCAUCCCAGCCCCACAGAAGAGAGUUCAGGAUUUUUGAAAACAAAUGUAAUUUUUAAAAAAACGGAUUUUGCUGACAGAAAACAAAACAAGCUAAAACAACUCUGAAAAGCACUAGUUUAAUCCAACCUCAUCAUUUUGCCAAUGAGAAGACAGAAAAUCUCUAAAGAAAGUUAAGUGGCCUGCGGACCAAGGUCACAGUUGACCGCAGAGCUGGGGUGAGGGCUUCUGCACAAUUCUGGACAUGGCCAGUUCUCACCCGACACAGAGAGAACAGCGGAGAAGAUGGCUCUCUCUCCUCUGUUAGGUCUGUUCCUACCUCCGUGGCUCACCCCAAGCACCAAGUGCCCCCCAUCUUCUUGCACACGGGGGGGCCGUGGCCUCAUCUCUUAGGAAGAAAGGAGUCCUCACGGCGCAGCCAGAAAUUCCCGCAGAGUCAGCAGGAGGACUCACAGAACCGAGUGACUCCCUCAAACACCCCCGGGGACGAAGGCGUCCUUAGACUAAAUUCCUGUUUCAAAGCGGACAAGAUGCUGGUAAGCAUCUGCAUCACCAGGGGCAUCGUGGCGGGCCAGCCCCCUUCACCUGUGUUCAUCUGGAGCGAGUCCCCCACCCCAGCACUGCCGCGGUGCCCCGCGCAGGCCGAGGCCCGGCCAUCUCACCCCUGCUCCGAGUCCCACCCGAUCAGGUGCCGGUGCCCCUUCCUCGCCCCCCGGCCCCCAUGCCCCCAAGCUGCCCCCAUCCUGCCGGCACCACAGCCACGCAGGCCAGCAGAGCGAUUCCAUGGCCCUCACGUUUCCACCUUUGUUCGCGCCUCCCCGCCGCCCAAGCUGCCUUCACCCUGCCCAUCACCGCUUCCGAUUUCGGCUUCUUCCACUCGUAUUUCAAAGGGCUAAGAAGGGGCGCCUGGGUGGCUCAGUCGGUUGGGCCUUCGACUUCGGCUCAGGUCAUGAUCUCACGGUCCGUGAGUUCGAGCCCUGCGUCGGGCUCUGUGCUGACAGCUCGGAACCUGGAGCCUGCUUCUGCUUCUGUGUCUCCCUCUCUCUGACCCUCCCCCAUUCAUGCUCUGUCUCUGUCUCAAAAAUAAAUAAACAUUAAAAAAAAAAGGGGGGGGGCUAAGAAACGUGCAUGGCGUUGGAACCCAGAGCAAGACGCAGCCAGCCGGGAGACACGGGGCUCACGUCACACAGACCUGAGACUGAGUUGGAACCUCACGGAGUUCCGUUUAAUUACAAAUGUCUACACCAGCUCUUAUUCGUGUCGGUACACAAGAGGAUACACAAUCUUUUCUGACGUUUCUCUUUAUACUAGAAACCGGAGACACAAAGCAGACCAACCGGAGGACAGUGGGCACUGCUCCGUGUGCCGGGUACCCAGCCCAGCCUCCCAUGCAGAGCGGGCUCGGGGGCGUCGGGGGAACGGGGACAUCCGCCUCUCCCUGCUGCCCAGCCCUUCAGCACUGUGGCCACCUCGGUGUCUGCUGCUUUGGCCCAAAGGGGAACCAGCCUGUACUCGGGACGAGCCCGGGGAGGCCCCAGGAAGGGCUAUGGGGGGGGGGGGUUUCUAGUGUCUUCCCUCCUCCGCCCCCACAGUGACUGCUUAGAAGGCAGCCAGUCAGCGAGCAGCUCGGGGUUGUUCAGAUGAUUCUGAAGCUCAGACCGAGCUCCUGGGGUGAGGAGAGGGCCCUGACUACAGACAGUGGACAGACCCGGAAGCCAAGCUCUCCGCCCCAGGGGGAAGCCACUGGCCCAACUAACCUGAGGGAGACUCAUGCUGCCUCUGAGCAGCGAAGCAGGCCAGUAAUUUCCUGCCCAGAGUUUAAACCAGUUUGGAUUGGGGUUUUUAUUGCUCUCAACCCAAAGCACCCUGAACACGUCCACCGGGUCCAAGAGUGAACCGGGUCAACCGCUCUGCAUACACCAUCUUGCCCUUGAUUUUCUCCAAGGGCUUAGGACUUGGUUCAGUAAAUGCACUACGGUAGGACUCCACUGUUCUUCAACAUUUAUUUUGGCUACUUACAAAGUCAGGAAGUGGUCAUUUUUGCCCCCUCACAGUAUCUCUUGGCUUUUCAGAACCUUUGGUAAAAACUCAUCAGAAUGCUGCUGUCAGAUGGGCGUGGAAAGUGCAUGAGAAAACCAGAGUCUUAGUUCAGGUUUUACCACUGAUUUGACCCACAACCCCCGAAACGUCAACCGCUGAGCCCCAUUUUCCUCAUCUGUAAAACUGAUAAUUAUCUGCCCCAGCGGCCUCAGGCGCUCACAGGCAGAACUGAAUGACGUCAUGACCCUGAGAAUGUUUUUUAUAAACUCUAAAGUAUAUACAAAUGUAAGGAAAGAUUAUGAGAAAUAUUUUUCAGUGUCUCAUUUUAAAAUGCUGGCUUUCCAAAUGCUAGUGAAAUCUUACAAUCAAAAUUAACGUAACAGAUGCAGUCUCAGCAAUGCUUGCUUUUCUCCUAGUACUGAACUUGUUUAUUUAUUCAUCUACUUUUAAGCCUUAUCCCCAAUGUGGGGCUUGAACUCACGACCCUGAGAUCAAGAGCUGCAUACCCUACCGACUGAGCCAGCCAGGCGCCCUAGUACUGAAUAAGACUGUGUGAAAUGCAAAAACACACAAAACUUAGCUUUUCCAAGUCUCUGCCUUCACCCACUCACUGACUUCUACAGCAAGACCCAACGGACCAUGAUCAGGAGGGCAGUCGGGCAGACUGGCAGACAGAAAGGUAGCUACCAGCUGGGGUCUUAAAAGGUGAAGCCAAAACAGCCCUUCAGACUGGCUGCUGUGUAACUGGCCCACGGAUCCACUCCCGCUCCAGCACCAGGCAGGCCAGGGACCACACUGGGCUUUCCCGACCAAAUACUCUUUUACUGAAAACUAGCAUGUUAGAUAUGGCAACAUGCCCUCCAGCUCCAAAAUCUACUUAAUUAUUUUUGUUAAUGUUUAUUUUGAGAGAGAGAGACAGAGAGAGAGGGAGAAAGUGGACGAUGGGCAGACAGCGGGGGAGGCAGAGAAUCCCGAGCAGGCUCUGCACUGACAGAUGUGGGGCUCGAACCCACAGACCGUGAGAUCGUGAGCUGAGCCGAAGUCAAGAGUUGGAUGCUUAACCCACUGAGCCAUCCAGGUGCCCCCGAAAAUCUACUUACUUAUAAUCGUUCCAAAUGAUUAUAGUUUUGUCCCUUUGCCUUCAUAAUGUUAAUUGCUCCUAUGACUUGACUCACGUUUCCAGCUAAGAAUGCCAUCCCAAACUACAGCUACGGCUCCAAGGGAAAACAAAGCCCCCCUCUAAACUGGUUUCCGGAAUCUACCAUGGUAAGCAAAGAGAGAGAAAGAGAGCAAAGACCCGCACAGACAGGCUACCUGGACGACGCGCUUAGGAGCUACUGCCGCCGCAGCAGAAAAUAAAACUGAGGAAAAACCACGCUGCCUGAAGAUGAAUUCAAUUAAAUGAGACAAGUUUCUCCUGUUUCUUCCCAGUCCGAAGUAUAAAGAGCUCCUUGUUGUUAAUAACUACCAUGGAAUAAUCUUUUUCUCUUCCUUCCAAUCCAAGAGCUAUAGCGUUUUGGAAACAGGCUUACUAUUGCCUCAAGUUUCACACCUACGCAAAGGCGGAGCCCCAGUGUCGCCGAGACCACGUUAAGGUACCUCUCUGCGGUUGGUAAUGUGGGCAGCCGCGUGGUCCACGUUCCCGUCACAUGCCCUCAGGCCAAGCCGGGCCUCCUGGGCAGUAAAUCCCAACUGCAACAAAUUGUGAACUUUUGACGGAUCAAUAUAUAGCUCUUUAAAGAGUUGACGUGCCUGCAGACAAGGAAAAAAUACACGAAUCAUGAACUAUAACAACAUUAAAGCUGAACACAAGGCUAAAGCCUGAAAGAAAUUAGCUUGUACCCUAUGUGAUUGAGGGCUGUGUCAGAUUUUAGAUAAAAACUCUUCAACUCUACCUGUCAUCAACUAGCUCGAGUAGAAUACAGAUCUCUACAGAUCCCUACAGAUCCCACGCUGUGCAUGUGAUGUAUCAUAAUGUAACAGAAGGCAACAGGCCUCUGGAGUAUCAUGGGAGGGGCCGGUAUCCACUAUCUCCCCCGUUUAUGUAAUCAAAUCCCCUGAACUGGAGCUGUGCACAUGGCAUUUCUCACCCCCUCCUGCAGCUGGGUGUAGCCAGGGGGUUAAGUCCCGGCCAGGGGCACGUAGCAGGAGUGACAGCCCCAACUUCCGGCCCUUCCCGAGGCCGCCCUGGACUCUCUCUCUUGCCCCCUCUGCUGGCUGGAAGGGGACUGACAGGAGCAUCCUUGGCUGCCGCACACAGGCUGGCGGAGCUGCGCUACUGACCCCGCCUGCUCACCUCUCCACUGCCAGAUGGCAGGCAGGCAUGGAAACUUCUAGCCAAUUACAGCCACUGUCUUGUUGAGGUUUCCUUAUCACAGCAUCUCACCUACACCCUAACGGAUACAAGUAUGUUUGUGGUAUGUACGAGGCGGAGAACACGGGAGAUACAUGCAUGUCCUUUACAAGUCACAAACUGCUGAGUUUAUGAAAUACUUAACUUUGGGGGAUGAAAAAAAAAAGGUAGUUGAAAACGGUUACCACUUUGGAGUAUUCACUUUCUUACCUUGUUGAGAUACUCACGAGCCUCUUCACCGUUUCCACUGUGAUAAUUUCGGAUACCUUGAAGCAAGUAAAGUCUUAAAAAACAGCACCUUCUCUUUCCCACAGUUCCCCUAAAAUUAUUGGGGAAGAAAAAAGAAUAAAAUGGUCUUGUUUCUAAUUACAGAGCUGUAAUGUUCACCCUUGUAAUCCCUUUCAUCCCCACAGGGGCAAAACAGCGUAACGAAAACGUUUAUUCCUCCUGGAGGGGAAGGAAGUACACAAAAACCCAAACCAGGGAGGUUUUAUGCUGCCCUGAGAUUUCCAAAGCAGAAUUCUGCUGACCUGUGGAAAUCACCUUAGAAAAAUCCUAUUCAAAUCACAGUUCUCGAGCUGUGACUCACUCGUGGAACUGUUACCAUUCCAAAUGUGUAUUUUUUUCCUGCAUUUAAGUCUUCCACGAGACUCUACUGAACACAGUCACCAAGCUCUCUUGGUCGGGGUGACCAUCAGCGGGGGUUUUGUGGCUGGAAAACUGUGUUCCUCUGGCUACACACUGAGCGGCCCAGCUUGUAGAACCACCCCACCGAAAAAGCGCAUAAAACGAGCACCAUGCAUGCGACCAUCAAAUCGCCUUUUGGCGGCCAUCUCCAACAGGAAUAUUUAUUUAACGGGAAUGCAGCUCAAGUUCUAGACAUGGGCUCAAUGAUACAUAAACAAAGUACAGUAACAUACUUUUAUGUGGACCAGCCUCUGAUGGUUUUCUCCGUAACAAUUUUUGAAGCAUUUCUGAGCCAAGUUUAGUUUUUUUUCUGCGUCGUCAAGGCAUUCCAGUUGUUCCAAGCGGAAGUAACACCACACUAUGUCCAGCUGGAGCACCGCAUAGUUAUCUACCGUAUCCAACAGCUCCCUGCAGCACUCAC